AAACAUGGAUUUCAUUUCUUUCUAUCUUAAUUUUGUCUUUACUAGUUUCUUUUUUUUUUUUUACACUAAUUUAUAUUGUGAAAUAGAAGGGACACCCCCACAUGGAUGAAAAUUGGAAACCAUAUAAUAAUAUUAAUAAGUAAGCCUUCAUCUUUUGUCUCCUUCAAUCUCCAAGUUUUCUUAGAGAAAGAAAAUCAAAACACAUUCUCUUCCCAAACAGAAAAUUCCUCUGUUUUCUAUUCCUAUUUUUAUAUUUAAUUAUUUUUCAUUGAGAUGAGGAACAUAGCAACUUGUUACAACGAACAUGCCACUAAGGUAUCAGAUUCAUAUUGUUCAGGUUCAUCAAACUUGUCUUAUCUCAAUCCAAAAUUAAACCAUUCUUCAAUCCCAAACCAAGUUACAUGUAUAUACAAAGCCAACCUCUCUAACCAAACACAGGUUUUGAUUACUCUAACCUGGUUUAGCAACCUCGCACCAGGGAUAAGAGUAACCCAGGAAUUGAAACACUCCGAGUUUAAGCGACUAUGGAAGAAGAAAGGUACCGAAACGUUUCGAUCCAGUGGUUUCAAGAUUGAAGUUUUUUGGGAUAUUUGUGAAGCUAAAUAUGGAAUAGGACCAGAGCCCGUUAAUGGGUUUUACGUCGUCGUUUUGGUUGAGAAAGAAAUGGUCUUAAUCCUCGGUGACAAACAAGCCAAUAUUGAUGAAAUAGACAGAGUUUCAAAGAGAAAAUCUUUAUUGGUUUCUAGGAGUGAGAAGUUUUCUGGUCAUUACUGUGUUUAUUCAACAAAAGCUCAAUUUUCUGAUAAUGGAAUGAUUCAUGAGAUUGUAGUAAAGUGUGGUAAAGAAAAAGAUGGUCGUAAUGAUCAUGAUGAUCAUUCUUGUGAAGAAGAAGAAGAAGAAGUAAAGAGAAAAGGGUCUAAAGGGUCUAAAGUUUUUAGCCCUGUUUUAUCUGUUUGUAUAGAUAGAAAAACCAUUUUCCAGGAAAGGAAAUUGAGGUGGAAUUUUCGUGGGAAUCAUGCAAUAUUCUUGGAUGGUUUAGUGGUGGAUUUGAUGUGGGAUGUUCAUGACUGGUUUUUCAAUACGACAUCGGGUUGUGCCGUUUUCAUGUUCAGGACAAGAAGUGGUUUCCAUACCAGGCUGUGGUUGGAAGAUACCAUUUUGGACCAGAAGAAGGAUCAAGAAGAAACAGCUCAGUUUUCACUCCUCAUUUGUGCAUGUGGCAAAAUGGGGAAAUGUUAGGUGAAGAGGCUUUAAAUUAAAACGAUAGAAAGAUUAAAAGAAAGGGCCACACACACGACUACGACAAGUUGGUUGUCACGGAUAAUUUUACUGCACGUGGUUAAGCCCAUGCCACGCAUGUGACAAUUAAUCAGAGUCACUUUCUCUCAUUCAUCACUAUCUAUCACUACAAUAACCAAUUCCAUUAUUCCAAUUAUGCAACUCACCAAAACGACUUGUCGUACAAUCACUCUCAUUUCAU